AUGUCUUUCAUUGAAUGGCCAGAAUUGGCUACUGUAACCAAAGAGCAACGUUUUGAACUAGUAGUCAAAGAUGCGAAGGGAAGAAAUCCUCCGCUAAGCGAUGAGGAACUUCAGAAGACCGUUUUCGAAAAGAAUCCUCACCUCAAUUUUAUCAGCAUCUCUGGGUCUGGUCUAUCGCAUUUAUCGAGUUCUAUAGUUGCUUGCGUUCAACUCACCAAGUUGGUGAUUAUAAGGAAUGAUUUGGUCAGCGUUCCGGAAGAGAUUGGUACAUUGACCAAAUUGACCUUUGUCGAUCUGAGCAAUAAUCAUCUGGAGAGCUUGCCAGCCUCUUUUGCGAAACUUAGUAAAAUGGAAACUUUUGUUGCAUCUGGCAACAAGUUAAGUAAUGAAGGACUGUUUGAUUUCUCGAGUAUGCACUCAUUACUGGUUGUGGAUUUAUCUUACAAUGAACUGACAUCGGUACCAAAAUCACUAACUGGCGGACAACUUGUGCGCUUACACACACUGAAUUUUGCCCACAACAAAAUCAAAGAGAUUUUCAAUAAAUGCUAG